UGAAACAUACGAGUGAGGGAAGGGAAAAGAGAAAGAGGGAGAGAAAGAGCCGACGAGAGAGCAAUGGGAGCUAAAUAUAUGCUGACGCUAUUUUAUAAACAUCAGAGAACACAUGUGGGUAUCAUGGGAUACACAGAGCCAGAAUAGUUGGCUAAGUGUUCGGCGAGCGAGUGUGGACGAUGUGCGCGUGCCAGGAAGUCAUUAAUUUUCCGAACGUCGAGGGAAUUUCAUCGAACCGAUCCAACGACAUGACCGCUGUCAUCCAUGAGAAUCAACGUUUCGUACUGUCAGAGAUUAACCAGGAAGAUCCUAACGAACUGAUCUAACGAGAGGAAAUCACCGUCGCGCGCAUGAAUCAUCGUCAAUCGGCGUUAUCUCGGUGCGUGGUGCCGCGAAAAGAUGGUGUCGUGUCAGUGAGAAUCGUAGGUGCGCGGUUGACACCUUCAGUGUUCAAUUAAUUUAAUCUGGACCAUUUCUUCGCGAGGCGCGCGACCAUGUCGAUUCUCAGUAGGAAGAAUUUCUUCAAGAGAUUAUCGGGCAGUCGUCUGACGCGAGAGGCGCCGGUGAUGGAGGCUGCCACCAGGACACCUUCGAUAGUGAUCAACAGUGAGGAGGGUCACGAGGACAUCUGGAUGGACGAGGUGGACCACGGUAGCAUCUCGUCCGAGGAAAGCUCCGAGUCCGUCACGUGCCACAUACGGUCGGUGCCGAUGACGCAAGAGCAACCUUGGAGCAAGGAGGAGGUUGAAGUGGCGUUAUCGAAUCUUGCCGCGGGUGAGGCCGCCCUCUCCCUGAUCCUUACUCUUCAGGCGGAUGCUCUGCAACGAACUUUGGAGGAAUUCCAGUCUCUGACUCUCAACGAGACCGACUGCAGACAUCGCAAGAUCUCAUUGCCUACGUUCGCAAACGGGUUGAUGCGAAAGGCUCUGUUGGCCAGCGAAAACGGGGCGGCAGCUUCCGCGAGCCCUGGCCAACUACUCACCGGCUGGCCCGACACGUGUCUGCUGAUUUCAAGCUGGCUAGGUCACACGGAGAUUGCGAAGGCUCUGUUGGACAAAGGUGCUUCGGUUGCCGCGAAAGACAACGACGGAAGGACUCCGUUACAUCUGGCGGCUUGCGCCGCGUCCGUGAGAAUCGUCGAGGAACUGCUGAAGCACGGCGCAAAUUCGAACGAGUGGGACCUCGGCAAGAAGUGCACGCCCUUGCAUUGCGCUGCCGCGGCGGGUUGCGUCGCCACCGUCAAGUGCCUCAUCAAGUAUGGGGCGGACGUGGACGCCGGAUUAUCCGGCAGAAGUCCUCUUCAUUACGCGGUGCUGAACAACGCCGGGGAUUGCGUGGAGAUUCUACUGCAAGCAGGUGCUUGUCCCAAUAAUCCACAGGUUUACACGGAGACACCAUUGCACGUGGCGGCUAGUCUGGGUAACGUCCGCUGCACUAAGCUGCUGCUGUGUCACGGAGCGGACGUGAGAGUGCAGCUAGGAGCGGCGAGAUCGACACCCUUGCACUUGGCGGCCGAGGAGGGUAACGCAGAGUGCACCAAAUUGCUGUUGGGUGCCGGCGCAGCUUGGGAGGCGAAGAACUCGCGUGGCCAAACGGCGAUGCACCUGGCGGCGCUCGCGCUAUCCGUGGAAACGUUGGACGUGCUGAUCAGUGUCGGCGCAAAGGUGAACGCUGAAGACGACGAUGGACGUACGCCUCUGCACGCCGCGGUCGCCAAGGCCUUGAGGGGCUGCGAGCUGGUGAAGACUUUAAUACAGGCAGGCGCCUCGGUCAAUAAGGCGGACAAGUUCGGUUACACGCCGCUACACAUUGCGGCCUUGAACGAGAGCUCGCCCAUCGUGGUGUUGUUAUUGCUGAAGGGCGCCGACGUGACGGCGCGGACGAAAGGCGGCGUCACUGCACUUAGCUUCAUCAUACGACGCACACCAGACGUGUUAUCACGUUUCGUAGCGCGGUUAGACCAGGCGAUCUCGUUGCAUGAUCACGAACUGGGAGACGUGGACUGCGAGCUGAGGCUAGACUUCAGGCCGUUGGUACCGGGUGGCCGAGGGGAAACGGACUUGAUGCUCUGCCUGGUGGAAGUCGGCCAAGGCCACGUGCUGAAGCAUCCGUUAUGCGAGAGCUUCCUUUAUCUCAAGUGGCUGCGCAUUCGCAAGUUCUUCCUGCUCAGCCUGAUCUUCCACUCAAUCUUCGUUGCUCUCUUCACCAGCUAUAUCGGCGUUACCUACAUAUGGAACAACACCAUGCACCUCAGUGGCAUUCUCUUUUGGCCAGUGUUGGGUUUCACCUGCGUGCUCGCCUGCAAGGAACUUUUCCAGCUCGCUCACGGUAUUUGCUCUUACGCUAGACGCUGGGAAAACUGGCUGCAGUGGAGCGUGAUCUUAGCGUCGUCUGCCGUUCUCGUACGGCCGGUAUAUCUUUGGCAGAAUCACGCCGCAGCGCUGGGGAUUUUACUGGCCUGGAUCGAGCUGAUGAUGGUGGUCGGUCGCUUCCCCAUGUUCGGCAUCUAUAUACAAAUGUUUACUCAGGUGUCUAUUAAUUUUUUCAAGUUCCUCGCGGCUUACGUCUGCCUUAUAGUCGGCUUCUCGCUGGGCUUCAGCGUGCUGCACAAGAAUUACAAGUCGUUUGCCGACCCACUCGUUAGCUUGCUGAAGACGGUGAUUAUGAUGUCCGGCGAGUUGGAGUUCGAGGAUGUCUUUUUCAAUAAGAAAGCAUCGAUCAUGUAUCCGGGCACGGCACAUUUGAUGCUGCUCAGCUUCGUUAUCUUAGUGACGGUGAUUCUGACGAAUCUUAUGGUCGGUCUAGCCGUGUCAGACAUACAAGAGCUGCGUAGGUGCGCCGGUCUCGAUCGGUUAGUGCGCAGAGCUGAGCUAGUGGCUCAUUUGGAGAACAUGCUGUUCUCCAAACUGUUGGAUCGCGCGCCUACGAGGAUAAUAAAGCUGUGUAGAAAGGGCGCGUUGUUGUUACAUCCCCCUUAUCAUUGCGCCCUUCAUAUCCGACCAAACGACCCGCGGGAGAGACGUCUCCCGCGAGAAAUUAUCAAAGCGAUAUAUCGCCUGGUAAGCGAGAGGAGAACAAGGCAAGACAGGAUGACUGUCAAGUACGCGACGCCGCAGAGCACAUACGUGGAUUCAAGUCACGCUAGACUCAGCAGAAUGUACAGUAAUGACAGCAAUCAGCAGCAGCUGAACGAAUUGGCGACCGAGCUGAAGAGAUGUUCCUACAAUAUCAGCAUGAAGUUGGACAGUCUGACCAGCAAGGUGGAGAAUAUCGCCAAGGAUGCGGAUACAACAGUGUAUUUACGCUAACGCGCUAGAUAAAUGUUUCAGAGUGUUCAUAAAAUAAAAAAGAAGGCAAAAUAGCAUGACAAUAUGAAACAGUAGUAGUAGGCAAGGUACGAUAAAUCUCAAGGACCUUGCAAUGAUGACCUGAUAGACUCAUCAGAAUUUCAUAUCCAAUUUCUAAUGGCAAUGGAUAAAUGCAGCUUUGCAUAAAGCACUCACCAGUA